UAUUCUUUAUUCGUUCGGAGGAGGAGGAAGAGGAACAAAGAAAUCAGAAAUGCCACGAAAUAUGAACGGAAACAGAAACCAAGACGGAGAAGAUGAGAGGGGAUUAUUGUGGAAUCUUCCCGUUCUUAAAUCUUCCAGAUUCGGAAAUUUAGGCCCCGCCUUCGGUCUCGGCGUUGGUUGUGGCGUCGGCUUUGGCAUCGGCCUCGUCGGAGGUGCUGGAUUUGGUCCAGGAAUUCCUGGCUUACAGCUUGGCUUUGGUCUUGGUGCUGGAUGUGGAGUUGGCUUAGGAUUUGGCUAUGGUGUUGGCAGGGGUAUUGCCCAAGAUGACAAACGCAGAUACUCAAACGUUGGGGAUGUAUUGCGUGGUCGUCAAAGUAUUUUUCCUCAUCAGGACGAUAUCGGCGCGCUUGUUGACGACCUUGUCCUAAAUACAAAGAGACUUAUCCGAGCUACUUCAAAGGAGAUUGACAAGUGGAAAAGAUGAAAUUUUACUCAUUUGUUAUUACAUUGUACAAGUCUAUUACGAACAACAACAAUCAAAACUGAAGAACAAAGAAACGUGCUGGCUGACAUAUGGUAUGUUAUUACUUCGGCUUUUAGAGGCAGAAUUUAUGUACAAUUGUUUAGAAAGAUGUAUUUAACCUCUAAAUCUCAUAUGCAUUGGGUUUUGAGCAAUCUUAAAAUGCCAAAUGCUUAAUGUAUUAGUUUAGGUCCCUAGAUGGCUGAUUUAUCAUUGUGUGUAUGCAUUGGUUACGUGCGCCCGUAGUUAAAAGGUGAAAUUUUGCUAA